AUGUACAACGAAGGAAGGCCAUCAUCACUUUUCUGUUUCAAAAAAACAUCGAUAUGGGCCAUCAUUACUCUCGGAAUUUGUUGUGUGUUUGGGUUGAUUUCCAUUAUAUUGGGAGGAAUUGCGGACAACUCGAUAGAUUUAACGGAAUUAACAGUAGCUGUUCCAUGUUUGAUUCAAACACAUCGAAUGAAUUGUACGAAUGAUUGUAUCAAUAAUGGUUUGGACAUUGUUCCAAGUAAUACGACCAUUUCAAAUUGCAGAACUUUUUGUAAAUCACAAGUACUUGUGAUGUUACCUUCUUCAUUUAAUACGACAACGAGCAGAUUGAAUCAAACAAGAAUUACAUUGCCAUAUGCAAUGUCAACCACGUAUUUUAAUUAUGCUGUAGGAACAACUACAAAAUGUUUCAUUAAUCCAUACACCAUUGAUCAAAAUGAUGCAAAUACGGCCUUUGCUUAUACCAUAGGGCCAAGGUUAGGCAUGAGAGUUGCUGCUAUUGUGUUGGGAUGUGUUGCUUUGGGGUGCUUUAUUUAUCUGGGAGUGUUUGUGGCGUUCGAGGUGUUUAAACGUUGUGCCAAGUAG